AGAAGUUAGAAGAAAGAAACGAGAUAAAAUAUUACCAUCCAGUAGACUAGACUCACCAGAGAUUGAGAUAAUAACAAACAAACAGACAGACAGCUGAGAGAUAGAGAGUUUUUCUCUUCCUCAAAAAUCAAAAUCGAGUCUUUUUUUUUUUUUUGAAAUUUAUCAAGUCGUCUUCAAUUUCAGUGGAAACGAAACUGAAAUAAAAUUGAUAAAUAAUCAGAAGAAGAAGAGAGCGAGUGAGAGAAGAUGGCGAUGAGAGAACUGGUUACAGGAGGAACAUCCUGUCCUGUACCUGGAUCGUCAUCAUCUUCAAAUCCAGUUGCUGCUCUUGCUGAAAAUCUCUUCGGUGCUGCUUCUAAAACACGUGAUAGUGUUAGGGAGCUUCCUGGAAUUACACGUACAGGUCAUCCAGAUGCCUCUUUCUACCCAGGGACUGAUGGUCAGUCGGCACUUCCAGGGUUAGAGUAUGAUCAGCAACCCGGAGCUCAGGGCUCCGAGUUCCUUCAUGCAUAUCGUGCAGAUCAGGCAGGUUUUGGAGGUGUUUGGGAUGAAAUCCAACGUCCUCAACUUCCUCCUUUUGCACAUCCAAGAGAAAUUCAAGGAGCACCUCAUCUUGCUGACUUUGAGCAGAUUUAUGACCAUGGUGCAAGUUCUCAGCUUCAGCCCACUUUGGAUGGACCUCCACAAAGAGUAUUAUCGAGUUUCCUGCACUCUUUUGUUGGAAGUAGCCGAGCUGGUAUCCCUUUUCGUCCUGUCUCGCUUCCGGUUUUAGGUCUAUCUGAAGGUGACAAACAGUGCAUACGUGAUCGUAGCAGCAUAAUGGCACGACACUUCUUUGCAGAUAAAAGUGAAGAUUUUAUUAAUUCACAGGUGAAUGCACUGUUACAUUCUCUAGAGAUUGAUAAUGAUCUUCGUGCAAAGGGACAUUUGCCAGGAAGAUUCCAAGAAUUUGAAGAGCAUUGGAAUGAGUCUCAAGGUGCUCUAAGAGCUGGGCCCUCUCAUCCUUCUGAUAGAUGGGCUGCUGAAUAUAACCAGCAGAUUGUAUCACGUGGUGAUCCUGAAUCUUGGGCUCGUUCAUUUGAGCAGCAGCAUGGCUCUAAUGGUUGGGCUUCUGAAUUUGAACAGGAACAGCCUCAGUUGAUAUCCACGGGUCAAAUGCAAGGUGCAAAUAAUUCUAAUUUAGCAGCAAUGGAGCAGACCCGUAUGCUGGCACAUACAUUAGCCCAAAAUGAUGACCCAAAAUUUCAGAACUCGAAGUUCCUCCAGUUUGUGUCAAAAAUGAGCCGUGGUGAGCUUAUUAUUGAUGAUAAUCAAGUGAAGCCAGCGGAAACUUCUGCUUCUGGUGAUUGGGCAGAUGAAUAUCAACAGAAACAUUAUGGUAUUCAUAACUCUUGGGCCGAUCAGUAUGCACGCGAUGAGCAUUCCUAUGGGGCGGAUACAUGGGCAUCUGAGUUUGCUACAGAACAGGAAAAAACUGGGUUGGUUGAUGAUCAGUGGGUCAAUGAGUUCUCCAAGUUACAUGUUCAAGACUGGGCAGAAGAAUUUGCGCAGCAGGUCGAUGAAGGAGCUGUGGGGCAGAAUUCAGCUGACAACUGGGCAACUGCGUACGAUGAAUACGUAAAUGAGCAAACAGCUGCCAAACAACGGUCAGAUGCUUCAAGGGGAGUUUACGUCUUCUCUGACAUGAACCCUUAUGUUGGUCAUCCUAACCCUUUGAAAGAAGGGCAAGAGCUGUUCCGUAAAGGUCUUUUGAGUGAAGCCGUGCUUGCAUUAGAGGCUGAAGUUCUGAAGAAUCCCGAGAACGCCGAAGGUUGGAGGUUGCUUGGUAUAACACAUGCAGAAAACGAUGAUGAUCAACAGGCUAUUGCGUCCAUGAUGCGUGCGCAGGAGGUUGAUCCGGCAAACCUAGAAGUUCUUCUUGCUCUUGGCGUGAGUCAUACCAAUGAGUUGGAGCAGGCAGCAGCAAUAAGAUAUUUAUAUAGAUGGCUUCAACAUCACCCUAAGUACGGCCAUCUUGCCUCUCCAGAGAAGUCUGAAUCUCUGUACUACGCGGAUGUUGCUAGAUUAUUCAAUGAAGCUGCUCAGGUUUCACCUGAGGAUUCUGAUGUGCACAUAGUUCUUGGUGUCCUCUACAACUUAUCUAGAGAGUAUGACAGGGCAAUAGAAUCCUUUCAGACAGCUUUGAAACUCAAACCACGUGAUUAUUCUCUCUGGAACAAACUUGGUGCAACUCAGGCUAACAGUGUUCAGAGUGCAGAUGCAAUAUUAGCUUAUCAGCAGGCCCUAGAUUUGAAACCCAACUAUGUUCGUGCAUGGGCAAAUAUGGGCAUCAGUUUUGCCAACCAGGGUCUGUAUGAGGAAUCAAUCCGCUACUAUGUGAGAGCACUUGCUAUGAAUCCUAAAGCAGAUAAUGCCUGGCAGUAUUUGAGAAUUUCCCUCAGCUGUGCAUCCCGAAACGACAUGCUUGAUGCUUGUGACUCGCGGAACAUAGAUUUUCUCCAGAAGGAAUUUCCUCUGUGAGACCCUAGUGCAUUGGAAGAAGUCGCGGAGGAUGUCCGAUUAGCUAAUAAGCCCAUAUUAACUAGGUUAAUACGGGUACACAAAAUUAAUGUUGUAUUAUGGGUUCGAAGAAACAAAUAGUAUGAUUCGACUGCUGUCUCUUCAACCCUUCAAUAAUCAAUAAUGCAUCAUGUCCUUGUGCUGAUUUUUAGAAGCCUCUUUUGCACUUUCAACGGAACAAUCGCAUGAGGAUGUAGAAGUAGUCAAUCUUUUUUUCUUUUCGAUAUACAAAGGGAUAGUAUAAAAUUGAAGAUAUAGAAAGUAACAAGGCUUGAACGUUGUCACCUGUUAACAAAAAUGAAAAUUAUCAGUGCUAUUAAUCAA